UGAAGAAACGUCGACGUCGCGUUUUAGCGCGAAGCGUGAACCAAUCGAACUGCGUCGGAGGCGGCGCUCCGGUAGUUUAUUUAACGUCAGGAGCGUUUGGUUUUCUUGCGAUUCUAUUGACUAGUGGGCCGCGCACUUCGCCAUGUCGAAAGAGGGCCAGCCACGAGAACCCGAGCAGCUCAGGAAGUUGUUUAUUGGAGGCCUCAGCUUCGAGACCACAGACGAAAGCCUGCGUUCUUAUUUUGAGCAAUGGGGCACGUUAACCGACUGUGUGGUUAUGAGAGACCCAAACUCCAAGCGCUCCAGAGGCUUCGGUUUCGUCACGUACUCCUGUGUGGAAGAAGUCGAUGAAGCCAUGAAGGCACGUCCUCACAAAGUCGACGGUCGUCUUGUGGAGCCCAAACGCGCCGUGUCAAGAGAGGAUUCUAACAAACCCUUUGCACAUACCACGGUGAAAAAGAUCUUUGUGGGUGGCAUUAAGGAAGAUACUGAAGAGGGCCAUCUACGAGACUACUUCCAGGAAUUUGGGAAGAUUGAUGCAGUUGAAAUAAUGAUUGAUCAUAAGACUGGCAACAAAAGAGGCUUUGCAUUUGUUACGUUCGAUGAUCACGAUGCUGUGGAUCGUAUUGUUAUUCAAAAGUACCACACAAUAAAUGGGCACAAUUCAGAAGUAAGAAAGGCAGUGUCUAAACAAGAGAUGCAGAGUUCAUCAAUGAACAUGAGGGGGCGUGGAGGUGGAAACUUUGGCGGUGGCCGAUACGGCAACAAUGACUUUGGAGGAGGCAGAGAUGGAUUCAGAGACGAAUUUAGAGGAGGCAGAGGUGGAGGAUAUGGAGGUGGAGAUGGCUACAACAAUGGCUUUGGAGGUGAUGGUGGCUACGGUGGUGGCGGCUCUGGUUAUGGUGGCAGCCGUGGUGGGGGAUACGGUGGUGGAGGAGGACAAGGCUACGGUAACGGCGGUGGAGGAUAUGGUGGUGGAGGAUACGGUGGUGGUAGUGGAGGAGGCGGUGGCAGCAAUGCUUAUGAUGGCUAUAACAACGGCAGUGGAAACUUUGGGGGUGGUAACUUUGGUGGUGGUGGUGGUAGCAGCAGCUACAAUGACUUUGGAGACUACAACAGCCAGCAGUCAAAUUUUGGCCCCAUGAAAGGAAACUUUGGAAGAGGUGGCCGGAAUAGUGGCCCAUAUAGUGGUGGAUAUGGGGGUAGCUCUGGAGGAGGUGGAGGCUAUGGUGGAAGUUCAGGUGGAGGAUAUGGUGGAAACUCUGGAGGCAGACGAUAUCAAGUGUAUAAGCCAAUCAUCUGUUAUCCACAGCGCAUGCGCACAAACCGAUCGAGCCAAUCGAAUAUACCAGGGGGCGUUUUCCUGUGUGUCCGUUUUAAAGUUCGACCCGGUCCGUUUUCACGUCUUGUGUCGCUUCUAGCAAACAGAAUAAACCACAGAAUGCCAAAGGAGGACCAGCCACGAGAACCCGAGCAGCUCAGGAAGUUGUUUAUUGGAGGCCUCAGCUUCGAGACCACAGACGAAAGCCUGCGCUCUUAUUUUGAGCAAUGGGGCACGUUAACCGACUGUGUGGUUAUGAGAGAUCCAAACUCCAAGCGCUCCAGAGGCUUCGGUUUCGUCACAUAUUCCUGUGUGGAAGAAGUCGACGAAUCCAUGAAGGCACGUCCUCACAAAGUCGACGGUCGUCUUGUGGAGCCCAAACGCGCCGUGUCAAGAGAGGAUUCUAACAAACCCUUUGCACAUACCACGGUGAAAAAGAUCUUUGUGGGUGGCAUUAAGGAAGAUACUGAAGAAUGCCAUCUACGAGACUACUUCCAGGAAUUUGGGAAGAUUGAUGCAGUUGAAAUAAUGAUCGAUCAUAAGACUGGCAACAAAAGAGGCUUUGCAUUUGUUACGUUUGAUGAUCACGAUGCUGUGGAUCGUAUUGUUAUACAAAAGUACCACACAAUAAAUGGCCAUAAUUCAGAAGUUAGAAAGGCCCUGUCUAAACAAGAGAUGCAGAACGCAUCGAUGAACAUGAGGGGACGUGGUGGUGGAAACUUCAGUGGUCGAUAUGGCAACAAUGACUACGAAGGAGGCAGAGAUAGCUUCAGAGAUGGAUUCAGAGGAGGCAGAGGUGGCAGUGGAGGAUAUGGAGAUAGCUACAACAAUGGAUUUGGAGGAGAUGGCGGGUAUGGUGGUGGCGGGGGCAGUCCUAGCUAUGGAGGCAACCGUAGUGGGGGAUAUGGCGGAGGAGGACCUGGCUACUGUAACAACGGCGGAGGAGGCUACGGUGGCGGUGGAUAUGGCAGUGGUGGAUAUGGCGGCGGCGGUGGCGGUGGUAACAACUACGACAACUAUAAUAACGGCGGUGGAAACUUUGGAGGUGGUCAGUAUUCAGGUAGUUUUGGUGGAGCUGGCGGUGGUAGCGGCAACUACAAUGACUUUGGAAGCUAUAACAGUCAGCAGUCAAGUUUUGGCCCCAUGAAAGGACCCUUUGGUGGCAGCGGUGGCAGGAAUAGCAGCCCAUACGGUGGUGGAUAUGGAGGCAGCUCCGGAGGAAGUGGAGGCUACAGUGGUAGACGAUAUUAAGACCUGUAAAGGACUCAGUACUUAAGAGAGGAGACAGGAGAGCGAGAGGGCUGACAGGGCAGCGGCAGGUUUACUCCAUAGAUCUGCUCAGCCAUUCAGAAGAGAUGUACAGUAGUGCUGUCACGAGAGGGACAUUUUUUUUUUUUCUCUUUAAUGGUUGUGAUGUCAGGCUUUUUAUAUUUUGCUUUAUGGGAAUGCAUUCCAUAUGAAGCUUUGUGUAGAUUUAUUUUAAAAUAGGGUCUUAUUAUGUGUAACACGAACAAAAUCAAGAAAUAAAGCAACAUCCAUUUUU